AUGGUUAAGACUACGUACGCAUUGACGCUCUUCGCGGCGGUUAGCUUGGCUGCUCCCAUCCCCAACCCGGAUGGCAGUGGGAACCUCGUUGGCGCCGGCGCCGAUAGCGCGCUUGGAGGUGCUGUGCAGCAACUCACCCAUACUCUUGGUAUGCGUGACACCAAGAAGACUGGAAAUCAGCACAAGAACCUCAUCGAGGAGAUCCCUAUCAUUGGAAAGAUGCUUGGAAACAAGCACGACGCCAAGCGCGACACCUCUGAUAAGAAUGCAGAGCACAAGAACCUCAUCGAGGAGAUCCCAAUCGUCGGAAGCCUCCUAGGAAAAAAGCAUGAAAGCCAACGCCGAGGGCUCGGUGGUGGUGGCUUGAGCAGCCUGCCAAUUGUCGGUGGUGUAUUUGGCGAGCACCAACACUCUGGAGGUGACAAUGGCCUGACUGCUUCUCGUCGAAGCAUCAACCAGAACUACCACCAGAACGAGGGCCAAAAUGCUGGCCAAAACGAAGGUCAGAAUGAGGGUCAGAAUGGUGGCCAAAAUGAGGGACAAAACGAAGGCCAGAAUGCUGGCCAAAACGAAGGUCAGAAUGAAGGCCAAAACGACGGUCAGAACGACGGUCAGAACGAAGGCCAGAACAAUGGUCAAAACGAGGGUCAAAACGAUGGUCAGAAUGAUGGCCAGAACGAAGGUCAAAACGACCUCCAAAACUUCCUCCAAAACUUUGGCCAAAACAGCAAGCGUGACUUGAGCCAGUUGAGCAGCUUGCCGAUCGUGGGCGAGCUCUUUGGAAAGAGCAAGGACCAGGAGAAGUCUGGCCACAAACAGACUGAUGCUCCCGCCAAGCAGGUCACCACCCGUGCGGCGCCUGGCCACUCCCAGGGCAUCUUCGGUAUCUUGCAGUCUCUCACCAGCGGUGGUCCUGAGACCAAGUCCCACGCCAAGCGUGGCUUCACCCCAGAUUCGACCACUUUCGAGGACGAAAAUGGAAACCCCAUUAACCAGAACCCCAACGGUACUAAGGACAAGAAGGAGAAGGAUGCCAAGGACUCAAACAACCUCCUUGCUAACCUGAUGGGCCCUGAGGGCCUUGGCUCCAUUAAGGGUAACGCCCAGCACGGCGUUGGACUGUUCCCCGCUCGUCGUGACACCGCGGCGAUUGAGGCUCGUGAGGCUCCUAUCCAGGGCUCUACCCUCACUGAUGUUUUGUUCUCUGGUGGCGCCCUCGGAAAGCUGAGCCACGUACUCACCCCCGGAGCUCCUGAGAAGAAGCCUGGUGAGAGCUCCCCCAAGCAGGUCGGCGACGGUAGCCAGUCUGGCCCACCUGACCCUGCUUCCGGUGCCGGCCCCCACUCUGGACCUGGUCUUGCCGCUGAGCAAGAGGAAACCGCAAAGAAACCCGCACCCUCUGCCUCUUCAUAA